CACCCGGCGUUCAUACUAUCUCUCUGCUCAAAUACAGACCGGCAGCACGGGGCCGCCCUUUCUCUGAGAAUAAGGACACGCUGCUCCUCUGGCCGUCUGAUAUGGAAGAGGAGGAGGGGAGCUCGCUGUCGAUAAGCUCAAUCGGCGGCGUGGCCAAAGGUCGGCGCCGGGACAAGGGAUGCCUGAGCACGAAUCCGCAGCUGAAGCGGGGCCGCCGGCUGCAGCUGCUGCAAAUGCUGGCGCUGCCGUUCGUGCCCAUCCUGGCGCUGAUCGUGCAGAACGCCUUCACCUUGAGAAACAUUGUCGUCAACCGACACGAAGUGGUCGACAUCGACCGACAGGUGACCGUGGCGACCGAGCUGGGGAAACUGACGACCAGCCUGCAAUUCGAGCGAACCGAGAUCGCCUACAAUAUCUACACCAAUGGCAGCACUCUGAGAGCGAAUUUGACGCAGACCUUCCUAAAGACACUUUGGGCGAUUGGAAACGUGACCACGUGGCCGAUCGCUCUCAGUGUGGAUGGGCUGGCCCCCGAGAAUCGCGACGUGCUUACCACGGCCGAUCGCUUCUGUGAGGUUCUCAAGGCUUUCAGGUUGAAAGUGACCAACACUACGGAUGAUGUCAACGUCACCGAGAUGGUCGGUUGGUACAACUUGGUCAACGCGGCUCUGCUCGACCACUUCACCAACCAAAUCAAGGAGACCGACACCAGCGGCGUUUGGAGGUAUCUUAUCGCGUUCAAAAACAUUCUACGCAGCAUCGAAAAUUUCGGCAUCUCGAUGGUGUACGGACUCAACUUUUUUGGACGAGGCGUUUUGCAGCCGCACAAUUACCUGCAGUACGUGCGACACGACGUUCUCGGAACGGACCUGCUUAACUCGUCCCUCAAGUUCGCCCUGCAGCUUGGAGAGAAGAUGACGCGGCGACUGAACUCAAAUUGGAUGGACGUUCACGAGAGACGGCAGUUGGUGUUGAAAAACGUACGUCAAAACGCGAGCAUCAACGAGGCGACCACCUAUUUCGAUCUGAUGGCCAACUACGUCACCGAACUGCGCACCUUCCAGAAGGAAAUACGCAAGGAGAUCAGGUCAAGUAUCGACAAAAUCCUGGAGGAGGCGAACUCGCGCGAGGCCGAGGGAAUGGCGAUUCUGGCGCUGGUGCUCGUCGUCUCGCCGAUCAUCAUCGUGCUCGUCUGCAAUGCAGUCGCAACAAUCCAGGUGUACGCGUCCAAUUUAAUUAUCAAGGCUCAGGAGCUGAAAGCCGAACAGCGUCGCAGCGACACCCUGCUCUUCCAAAUGCUGCCCCCGAGCGUGGCGCGCCAACUCAAGCACGCCCAGGAGGUCCCGGCCGAAUUCUACUCGAACGUCACCGUGUACUUCAGCGACAUCGUUGGAUUCACCGAAAUAGCUGCCGAGAGCACCCCGCUCGAGGUGGUGCGUUUUCUCAACUCGAUCUACAAACUGUUUGAUGCGCGCAUCGAGCACUACGACGUUUACAAAGUUGAGACCAUUGGCGAUUCCUACAUGGUUGCAUCUGGACUGCCUGAGAAAAAUGGUCGGAAACACGUUUCUGAAAUAGCGACGAUGGCACUGGACCUACUGGCCGGCUCGUCUGCAUUCGCGAUUCCUCACCGGCCGGGCGAGCGUCUGCAGAUUCGAAGCGGAAUCCACACUGGUCCGGUGGUCGCGGGCAUUGUCGGCUCCAAGAUGCCGCGAUACUGCCUCUUCGGUGACACGGUCAACACGGCCAGCCGCAUGGAGACAACCGGAGAACCCUUGCGAAUCCACAUCAGUUAUGAGGUGAAUGAGGCUCUUUGUCAAGUGGGCGGCUUUGACACAGAACUGCGGGGCCUCGUCGAGGUCAAGGGCAAAGGCGUGCUGGAAACCUACUGGCUGGUCGGUAAACAGGGAGGCAUAACUCGCGCGUCCGAACUGGACACGCCGGGCUUCUUUGAGGAUCUGCAGCCCAUGUUCAUCCGACGGUUGCGGGCGUCAUUCAGUCACUGACACGAAAACGGCCAGUGCGUUGACAAGAACAACAGAGAAGUCAGCACGGCCUCCCAAUGAACAUAUAAUAUAUUAUAUGAACAGACACAAAAACAACAAAGACUAAAAAUGGUAUUUGCCACCGCCCGGCUAAAAGCCUGAAAUCUUUUAUUCCGAGAAACCAAAACAAAAAUAAUGACUAUUUUAAUAUGUACAAUUAAUCAUAAAGAUUUUUAGAAUUCUGUUCAAACACUGAUUAUCGCAUGAAAUGUGAUAUCGAUUAAUUUGAUUUACUCAAUGGUAGUUUUCACUAGGAAGCCAAACUCUGGUCAAAUUUAAAACAAUACUGAAUUUUAUAUUGGUGUUGUAAACUGUGCUGGCACCAUGUUUAAUGUGACUGAUGUUAUUAUCUAAUGGAAUUUAUAAAUGUGAGAAAUUAAUGAUCUUUUAAUAUAAUUCAGGAAAUGGUUAAUUUGUUACCUCUCCCAAGAAUGUCAUUAAUCCCAGUUUUGACAAUAGCCCAGUAAGCUAGAGGCUCAUUUAUUUAGUACAUAUUUCUUCUUGUCAAAUUAAUUAAUGGAAUUAGUGUUGUGAGACUGGAGCUUUAGUGGUUUUAAAUUAGCUUGAACUAGAACGUAAAUAUUUGAAACUAAAUAUUUUGAAAAAUUCAGAAUCAAUAAUUGUAACAAAGUUGAUUUCAAAAUUUAAAAGUCAGAACUAAUGAAGUUCAAAAUUAAUUUUUUAAGUUGUUAUUUCGUCUCAAUUUUACUGAAUUUUACAUUGUUUUCCAACAUGAGGGGAAUAAUGGGGUGUUAUGAAGUUCAAAUUUUUGCGUUUUAAACUUAAACUUUAUCUUAAAAUAAUACAUAAUAAUUAUUUUUUUCCUUUUUAUAUCUUCUCUGAACAACAAAUAAUGUUGUUAAUACUCUGAUGGUCUCUGUAACAUGGAAAAUUGUUUUCAAUGUCCAUUUUCUAGUCGUCAUAUUAUGUGCUGUAAAAUUUAUAAAACUGUUAAAACAAAGGAAAAUACUUUACUGUUUGUAUGAUGAAGCUUUGAAAAUAUUAAAAUAAAUAAAUGUGCAUAUUCAUGUUUAUGCCA